GCUGUCCGGCCCCUCCGGCAGCAGGGCGGGGUAGGAGCGGCUCCGCGCUCUGAGGCGGCUGUCCCCGCGCGGCCCCUGUCCCCCGAGCAGUUCCCAGGCAGGGGGCCGGGGCGAAAAGUUUCUGAAGCGCGCGGCGCGGAGCCGGGCGGCCGCGGCCCGAGGGCAGGCGAGCGGCGCCGGCGGGUAAUGCAGCAUUGUAUAAAAAGGCAACAAGAAAGAACCAACUAGAAACAAAUAGUAUAUUUAGUGUAUCUUCAGUGCUGUUGUUUCAUCAUUUUAAGGUUGCCUCAGCAGAAUAUAUUAACACUGUUACCAGACUUGUAAUGUUGCUGGUUUCUUUGGAUAUUUUUGCAUGAUAAGCUUUUUGUUCUUCCUUCAACAGUGGACACAUUCCUGCCAGUCUUUGUGCUACCAUUUAAUUUGCACAGCAAGUUCUACAACACCGAUCAGAUGACUGAUCUCAGCCAGGGCAAGAAGACCAUAAAAUGUACUAAGUGUUCCGCUUCAUUUCAACCAAGUGGUGUUGUAUUUUUUUGCCCCAAUUGCAACAAGGGUCCAGUGUGCUCCGGAGGUGCUCUGCUAGAGACAUCUGAGUUUUCAAGUUUCCAUGAUGAUACCUUGCCUCACCAGUCAGAGGAACAAAUCUCUCUUGUAACAGAGAUGCCAAAAUCAGAGCUAAUAGAACCUUAUAGAAAAAUGCUCACCCAGUCAACUCGCAGCAAUACUGCAGAAAGCAAAGUUCCUCACACACGAAUAGAUGAUGGAGCGGCUAUUCAGCAAAUCUAUUAUUUUGGAAGAAAAUUAGGACAAGGCAGCUUUGGGGUGGUAAUUGAAGUAACACACAAGGAAACCGGCAAAAAAUGGGCAAUCAAAAAAGUGAACAGGGAAAAGGCUGGAAGCUCUGCUGUGAAGCUACUUGAACGGGAGGUGAGCAUCUUAAAAAGAGUGAACCAUGAGCAUAUAAUACAUUUAGAAGAGGUGUUUGAGACUCCUAAGCGGAUGUUCCUUGUAAUGGAGCUGUGCGAGGAUGGAGAACUUAGAGAAUUUCUUCACAGGAAAGGACAAUUUACAGAGAACGAGACAAGGCACAUAAUUCAAAGCCUUGCAUCAGCAAUAGUGUAUCUUCACAAAAAAGAUAUCGUUCAUAGAGAUCUAAAACUGGAAAACAUUUUAGUUAAAAGCAGUGAAACUGACGAAGAAAAUGAAAUGAAAUUACAUAUAAAGGUGACUGAUUUUGGUUUAGCUGUACAGAAAGCAGGUGGUAGUGAAAGCAUGUUUCAGUCUACGUGUGGGACUCCUACCUACAUGGCCCCAGAAGUUCUCAGUGCCCAUGACUAUAGCCAACAGUGUGACGUUUGGAGCAUAGGCGUCAUUAUGUACAUGCUAUUAUGUGGUGACCCACCCUUUAUAGCAAGCUCAGAAGAAAACCUUUUUGAAUUAAUAAAGAAAGGAGAACUGCACUUUAAUAAUCCAAUCUGGCAAACAGUUAGUGAGGCUGCUAAACAUGUACUGCAGCUACUUCUGAGAGUAGAUCCUGCCCACCGAAUCACAGCUAAUGAAUUGCUUGAUAACCUGUGGAUAACAGGUGAAACACAUAUUGUCCAGAGACCAUUUAAUGUCCUAGAGCUGAUGAAGGAAUGGAAUAACAACCUGGACAUUGGUGAAGUUUGCAAUGUGGAAGAAGAACUGAAUAGUCCAUCUACUGCAUUGAAUCAGGAUAACAUGAUUGAAGGGCAGGAAAGUCCUGUUAGCAGCAAUGGCAACUCAGAGGUUGGUGCAGAAACUGAAACUGAGAGUGGGAACAGCAAACCCUGUACACCAACAAAACAGGUCAACAAGAAAAAAAAUAACACAAGUGCUUUACCAAAUGGGACACUUAAAAAGAAGAGUAUAACCCCCAAGCCAACCAUGGCAUUCCCUGCAGGCAGGUCAGUAUCUCCAGUGUCAAAUUCAAGGCGAAAUCAGGAGAGUCAAGAGAGGAAGGGGGAGACAGAAAAGUCCUCUGUGUCUUCAAGCCAGGGAUCGGGAAAUAAAAACAUACAAAAACCCACUACCACACUUAAAACCAAAAAGAAAUCAUAGGGGUUCCAUCAACUUUGAACAACAUAGAAAUGGGGCAACUUACUUGUGUGAAAAUGAGGACAUUGCAUAAAAACAGACAAGUACUUCCUGAACUGUUAACCUUUUUGCUCUCCUGAGCCCUGUAAUCAGCAGAAAUUUCUGGCUUUCCUCUAACACUGAAGAAGAUUCCGAAGCAGUGUGAACUCCUAACCUGUAAGAGGACAUCCACUGAUAGUAUUGUUGUCAGACUACAGAUUAUCAAAUUGUCUAAAUAUGUAUGUAACUUAUUUGUUCUACACUAGCAGGCGCUGUGCAUGUGAGUAGCUCACUAAUAUGAAUCCACUUGCUAUGUUUUACUUGGAUUCAUUAGUUUUGUCACAAACAUUUAUGGGGGGAAAAUGAGAGGCCAGAAUCUGUAAUGGGGGGUUCCUAAUAACAGCAUGCCCUUUGCACUAUAAGAAUUUUCUAGGAAAUUGCUUAUAAAGUUGCUCUAGGCAUUACUGCACAAAUACUUGGGUCAAUGAAAUUUGUUACUGCUAUUUUAGGUCACUGUAGAUGGCUUACAAAACUUAUUUUAAACUUGAUAAAUGGGAGAUGUAUUUUUGAAGUAUGAUCAAAUUGCUGUGGUUCUUGCUGAUAAACUUCUGAUGUGUUGAUGAAAUACUCAAAUAAAAGCAGAUGUUAGAAUAA